AUGGCUACCGCUAAGAAGAUCAUUGCAGUCGUGGGUGCCACCGGCAUUCAGGGGUCAUCCGUCGCCCAUGCAUUCCUCGCAUCCCCUGACAAGUGGCAUGUCCGCUGCCUCACACGGCACCCAUCGUCAACGAAGGCACAAGAACUCGCAAAGCUCGGAUGUGAGGUAGUCCAGGCCGACCUCACUGACCAAGCCUCUCUGUCCCGUGCCUUCGACGGCGCCCAUGCGAUCUUCGUCAACACCGACUUCUGGGCACCCUACCGAUCCUCAGUCACAUCAGGCGUCAGCUCCGACGAAAGCUGCAAGAUAGGCCAUGAAGUCGAAGUCGCGCAUGGUAAGAACGCUGCCAUAGUCGCCGCCGGCGUGCCCACGCUCGAACGGUUCGUGUACUCUGCUCUGGGCCCGAUGAACCGAGCUUCCAAUGGGAAAUACCCACAGUCGCACCACUGGGAGACCAAGGCCGCCAUUGUGGACUACAUCGAAGCCGAACAUCCCGAGCUCGCCAGGAAGAUGGCCACGAUAUACAUCGGUGCAUACACCACCAACAAUCUUUUGGUGCCCAAACUCGACUCCAGCACCGGAGAGUACAGCGUCCUCCUCCCCUGCAAGCCGACAACCAGGUUCCCUAUCAUCGACACGGCCGAGUCCACCGGGAUCUUCGUCAAGGCCUUGGUUGAAGGCGAACAACCCAACACCAAGCUCCUGGCCUACGACAGCUACUUAAGUGUCGAGCAGAUCAUCCAGGCGUGGUCGAACGUCACGGGCAAGCAGGCCAAGCUCGUAGAGGGGACUGUGGAGGAGAUGCAUGAGAUGACGCGCUUGCCUUUGGAGGUGCUUGUGGCGCCAGCGUUCAUUGAGGAGUAUGGGUAUACUGCGGGUGUAUCGGGUGUCAUUGAGCCGCCGCAGCUGAAGACCAAGGUACAGACGCGAGGCUACGAAGACUGGCUGAGGACGAGGGACAUGGAGGAGCUGCUUGGGGAGAACAAAGUUGUGAUCUGA